AUGGAGAAGGGAAAGACUCAGGUAAUUUUCGGUAAGGGUGGACGCGAGAGCGACAAGUGAACAUCAAGGUGCUAGCUGCCGAUCUCCCGCUCCUAAUGAGGCAAGCGUCGCCCGUGGAUCGCGCGUGGAGGGAAUAUGCAGGGGAAGAGGGCCGGCGGCCGAAAACUCAUGCCCCGUCCACAUAUUCUUGUUUCUAAUUUCAUCGGGUUUUCACUGUUUUUUCCACAUUUUCGACUGCUUUUCUUCGCUUUCAGGUAAUUUUCUCUAAUUGUAAUAGUUUUAACUUCAAAUUGUUAAGAGUGCCACGAAAUUCCGUCUGUAAGCCCCGAGAACAUGAAGCGACUCAAUGAAAAAUGCCGGUCGAAUGCAACGGUGUCGGCCAAUUAUCAGGUUACUUGGUCUCCAGUUUUUUUGAAAUAUUCUUAUUUGAUUACAGAUGAGGCACGAGAAAAGCCGUCUUCGAGAUCGAACACUCAUGAUUCUCGGACCGAUUCAGAAGCAGAACAUGGCGAGCGUGCAGAUCGCAGCCAAUCGGCAAGAGAAGUUGGGAGGACAGGCGGCAAAGUGCAAGAGUAAGUAUUUUCGAAGACCGUUUCAACACACUCCAAUUGCGCUUUUCAGGUGAUCACCGAGAAUCAACGGAAACUCGAGAAUAGCGAGAGAAACGCCGACAUGAACGACGAGCGAUGCGCCAACUGGAACACGGAACGGAACAUCGAUCGGAUCGCCGACUGGAGAAGCAACUGGAGAACCGAACGGAACGCUAACUGGAGCGUCGACAGGAAGGCCGACCGAAGCGCCAACUGGAGCACCGUGCGGAACGCCGACAAGUGA